GGGGUGGGGGGGGGGUGAGGGAAGAGCGUGCUUCAGGCGGGAGUGGGGGCUGGGAGGGGGACAGCUUGAAAGUGAGACUCCUCAAAAGCCAAGUCUUACAGCCCGGUUGCAGCAGCCCCGCGAGGCUGCUGUCAGUCGCUCCUUCGGCUGGGGACCAAAGCGCAACAAAGCCGCCGGGUUUCAUCAGGUACCAAAGGAGAGGGCGAGAAAGGGAGAGGGAGAGAGACAGAGAAGAGUGCGCGCGCAAGAGACCGAAGGCCAAACACCAGCUUCAUCUGCAGGGUCUGCCCCAGGACGCCGGAGGAAACGGGAAGGCGCUUCUGUCAGGGGGACAACUUACGGGUAGAAACUCAGUUUCCGGUCUUUAUUGUUUCGUCCUCGGCGGUUCUUACAGCUAAACGCGGCGCAAUAACGGGGCAUUGCUACCGCCGAGCCGUGCAGGGGCCAAAGGGGAAGAGGAAUACAAGAGACGCAAGACAACCGCGCUGCUAGGAGCGACGGGCAGGCCGAGGCCGAGCGCUGAGCCGUGAGGGUGACCGGGGCCGCCUCAGGGCUGCACGACCAUCCUUGGCGCGACCCAGAGGCCUAUUGCGCCUGCUCGGAGGCUGAUGGGAGUGGGAGGGGCAGGAGGGAAGCCCCAGAGCUGUCACCGCCGCCGCACACCCAUUUCCGCCUUCCGUCGGACCUGAGAUCCCGCCUCCACUCCUCCCUCCCCAGCGCCAGGCCGGAAGUGACUCUGAGAGAAAAGAGGGUCAUGAAAAUGGCUACUCCACAGGCAGUUUUCACCUUUGCAAUCUGCAUUUUAAUGAUUACAGAAUUAAUUCUAGCUGCAGAAAAUUACUACGAUGUCUUAGGAGUUCCAAAAUCUGCGUCAGAACGCCAAAUCAAGAAGGCCUUUCACAAGUUGGCCAUGAAAUACCAUCCUGACAAAAAUAAGAGCCCUGAUGCUGAAACUAAAUUUAGAGAGAUUGCAGAAGCUUAUGAAACACUUUCUGAUGCUAAUAGGCGAAAAGAGUAUGAUUCGCUUGGACAUAGUGCCUUUACUAGUAAUGGUGGAAAUACCUUCCAACAGUCAUUCAACUUCAACUUCGAUGAUCUUUUUAAAGACUUUGAUUUUUUUGGUCCUGACAAAAACACUCACACCAAAAAGCAUUUUGAAACUCACUUCCGAACACGCCAGGAUGGUUCCAGCAGGCAAAGGCAUCAUUUUCAGGAAUUCUCUUUUGGAGGUGGACUGUUUGAUGACAUGUUUGAAGAUAUGGAAAAAAUGUUUUCAUUCAAUAGCUUUGACAAUGCAAACCGACACACAGUGCAAACCGAAAAGAGAUUCCAUGGAUCUGGCAAGCAUUGUAGGACUGUCACUCAACGUAGAGGAAAUAUGGUUACUACAUACACUGACUGUUCAGGACAGUAAUUCUGUCCCACCCUUGUAAAGCCAGCUGAUUGUUUCUUAUGGAUACAAAUAGAAACAAACAUUUCUGUGAACUAUUUUGACAAAUGCAUGAAUUCACAUUUUAAAAUACUUAAUAAAUGUCAUAAAGAGGGUAUAUAUAAAACAAUCUUGACAACUUCACCAGGCAAAUAGAUGAAAAUGAGCUAAUUAAAAUUUCCUCAAUUAGGACAUGAAAGAAAAUGUCUUUAAAAUUUAGUUACUUAAAAUAAAUUUCAUUUACCUACCCACAGAUUCUUUUAUUUACUUAGAUUUGUUAAAACCAAGAAAGGAUUCUUAAGUUUAGACUAAACUUUGGAUAUUUACCUGACUUAAAUUGUACAUUAGAACUGAAUAGACUCUUGCAGUGAAAUCUUUAGCAACAUAAAUUUGCAUGAUUUGUACUAAUUUUCUUGAUAAAUAUACCUAAAACAUGGAAUUUUGUUAUGGAGAGAGCUACUUAAGGAAAACUGUCAGUUUUCAUUAGGCUUACCAGAGAGAACAUUUCACUCAAGAAAUUUAAGAAUUUUGCAAUUCUAUUUUUCUAUUGAAUUUAUUUCAAAGGAGAAAAAGAGUCAUGGGAUAAUUUAGUAGUGCUUUCCAUGAAGACAUUUUUUUAAACGUGGAAUAUGUAUUAGUGAAAGGAAUUACCUUGUUGACAUAUAUUUAGAUUGAUUGUUUUGACAGAUAUAAAAGAUGAUAGGUUGCCAAGAGAUUGUUUCAUGUUUGCUGAGCUACUCUGUAUUUGUAAUGGAACUCUUACCUGUUUUUCAGUGCCAUUCAUAUUUCAUGAGUUUUUGACCAUCUACUUAUAUUUAUGGAUGUCCUCAUUAUGUCAGAUACUUUUCCUUUUUUCUUUGCAUCCAUCAUUUGGUAAUUAACUAAUACCUCAAUCUUUAAAAACAGCCAAUGUGUGUACCCAUAUCAUAAUGUGCAAUAUUUUUAAAUAGUGAGAAAUGUAUUUUGGGGUUUUUUGCACAGACUUAAUUUCUUUGUGUAAUUUCAUUAUGUAGUUUUAUGAAAAAUUCAGUUCUGUACUUUUCUAUGUCAUACUUUGUAUGGGUAUUAAUCAUAUCUAUAUAUAUAUGUUGACAAAACUAGCACCUAUCAUAACACAGUUAUAUGUGAGUGAAACAAAUACAAUAUUUACAACUUGAAUGUUCUGUUUAUUCUUGGUUACUAGUGUGAAGUGUUUGUUUUAAUGUAAUGAAAGCUAUAAAAUCAUUUGUCCAAAAUUCAAGGCAAGUGAGCUUCAGCAGUUAUCAGUAUUUUACUUUUUUGGAUAACUAAUCAAAUAUUUUUAAAUGCCUGAAAAUAGGCUUUAGCUGAUUUAAUUUAUAGAUUACUUUGUUUUGAGACUAAGAUUAUUGAAAAUGGGAAUUUCCUUGUUGCAUUUAGCAUAAUUUACUUAGUUUAUUUUUCUUGGUACUGUCCUAGCCGUUCAGUUUUGAGAGUAUGGCUAAAUAUUAAAUAUCAGCAGUACUUCUGUAUAAGUGUGCAGUUUUGAAACUACAGUGAAAUUUCAACUGGAAUGCUUAGGGAAUUGGAUAUACUGGUUAACUGAGAGUCAGAUAAACGCCUUUUCAACAAAUAGUUUUUAGAGAUGGGAGAGGCAGUAGAGAUAAUGCAGUCCACAAAGGCUAAAAAAACCAUGUAAGGGCACACAUCUAAUUGCUGGCAGUCAAAUCAGUACUGGAAGCUAGGUCUUAAUCUCUCUAGUACCCUUUAUAUCGCAGUUUAUUUAAACUUGUAUUGAUGAAAAUCUUUGUAAACUGUGUUAGUAUACUUUUCUGCCCUUAGGAGUACUAAUGUGGUACGUGAUUUUAUUUUUCAUUUAGGAUAUUGUAAUGCCUAAAUGUAAUCAUGAAUAUCAAAUUGUUUUAUAGAACUGUAGAAUUUAGAAGUUGGGCUGAAUGUCUAUUGACUAGAUGAGACUCUGUACUCAAAGUUUCUUUUCUUAAUCCGGAAUAUGACCUUGUUUUCUUACCAUAUUGCUAGUUCUGUUUCCUUUAUUGUGGUUCCACAUAUCUGCCUGCCAAAUAUCUGGUCACUAGAAAGUUUUAUUUAAUUGUUGCUUUACUUUGUUUGGACUAAGUGCCACAAGAUUUUUUUCCCCAGUCGACAAAAAUUGGUUUACUGGGGAAGAGUGGAGAGUCUGCAAUAUUGUACUUAAUAGCCAUUCUCAAUAACAUAUAAGGAAGGUGGAAUAUGCACUCAGUUUUGCAGUUAAAUAAACAAAUUGAGGACUUCA